AUUCUUCUUUCUGGUUUCUUCGUGCGUCUUUCUAUUUCCCGCCUCCAUUCUUCACCAUCACCGCAAAGGAAUUCUUUUUAAUGGCACCCGUUACUCGUAGAACCUCUUUUCCCAAGGUUCUCAUCGAGAGAGACUCUGACUCUGAACAGAGUUCAUCCGAAGAAGAAGAAGAAGAGGAAGAAGAAGAAGAAGAAGAAGAAGAUAGGGUUACUACUGCAAAUGGAAAUGGCAAGUCGCAGAAGGAGGAAGUGGGUUCCGACGCAAACAGGAAAGGGAAAUCACCUAUCACUAUCACUCUCAAAAAAGUUUGCAAGGUGUGUAAGAAGCCUGGACAUGAAGCGGGCUUCAAGGGUGCUACAUAUAUUGAUUGCCCAAUGAAGCCUUGCUUUCUGUGUAAAAUGCCUGGACAUACCACUUUGACUUGCCCUCAUCGUGUCACUACUGAGCAUGGAGUUAUUCCAGCACCUCGCAGAAAAACAUGUAAACCUUUGGAGUAUGUGUUCGAACGCCAGCUAAGGCCAGCCAUUCCUACUAUCAAACCUAAAUAUGUCAUCCCAGAGCAAGUAAAUUGUGCUGUCAUUAGAUAUCAUAGUAGACGGGUAACAUGCUUGGAGUUCCACCCCACAAAGAAUAACAUUCUAUUAUCAGGAGAUAAGAAAGGACAACUUGGAGUAUGGGAUUUUGGAAAAGUGCAUGAGAGGGUAGUUUAUGGGAAUAUACAUUCUUGUAUACUGAACAAUAUGAGGUUUAAUCCUACAAAUGAUUGUAUGGUCUAUUCUGCAUCCUCAGAUGGAACCAUUAGUUGUACUGACUUGGAGACAGGAAUAUCAUCCUCCCCAAUGAACCUGAACCCUGGUGGAUGGCAGGGUCCAAACACUUGGAAAAUGCUCUAUGGCAUGGAUAUUAACUGUGAGAAAGGUCUUGUCCUUGUUGCUGAUAGCUUUGGUUUUCUUCACUUGGUUGACAUGCGCUCCAACCAUAGGACUGGUGAUGCAAUUUUGAUCCACAAAAAAGGUAGCAAAGUUGUUGGUCUACAUUGUAAUCCAAUUCAACCAGACAUACUUUUGUCUUGUGGAAAUGACCAUUUUGCUCGUAUUUGGGAUAUCCGUCGAUUAGAAGCUGGAUCAUCCCUUUAUGACCUUGAGCAUAAGCGUGUUGUUAACUCUGCAUAUUUCUCUCCUUUAUCUGGAAACAAAAUUCUCACUACAUCACAAGACAAUCGUCUUCGUAUAUGGGAUUCUAUCUUUGGUAAUAUGGACUCUCCCAGCCGUGAAAUUGUACAUAGUCAUGAUUUCAAUCGGCAUUUGACACCCUUUAAAGCUGAAUGGGAUCCAAAGGAUCCAUCAGAGUCCCUUGCUGUUGUUGGUCGUUACAUAAGUGAAAAUUAUAAUGGAGCUGCCUUACAUCCCAUUGAUUUUAUAGAUACCAGUACAGGGCAAUUGGUUGCAGAAGUGAUGGACCCAAACAUCACAACCAUCAGUCCAGUUAAUAAGCUGCAUCCACGUGAUGAUAUCCUGGCAUCUGGGAGUUCUAGAUCUCUGUUCAUUUGGAAGCCCAAGGAAAAGUCGGAGCAUGUCGAGGAGAAAGAUGAAAGUAAAAUUGUGCAUUGUGGAAGAGCUGAGAAGAAGCGUGGUAAGAAGAAUGGCGAUGAUAGCGGUGAAUCUGACGAUGAAAGAUUCACGUCCAAGCUGAAGCAGCAUAAGUCCAAAAAGUUUGAGUGGAAAUUGUCUGGUUGCACUACUAAGGAUAAUCUGUGAAUAAUGAGCUCGGUCUUUGCGCAGUGUACUGAAGACGUUCUUUGUUCAAUUUUUUUGAAGGCUUUUCCAAGCCAAGCUCCCUCCUUGUUUUGUUUUUUAGAAAAUGGGAUGGGUCCUUGAUUUGAUGUUUUUGUCUUGGAGCAGUGAUGUUGUAUCAGAUACAAUACACACUUGGCUGUGAUAUGCAACCAUUCUCCUCGUGUAGUGCUAUGUAUUAUAUAAGAGAAUGCACUGUAGCAUUUUUUUUAUACAUAGUGAUAGGUUUUGUUGGAUUAUUACUUUCUGUAAAUUUAUAGUCUCUCGAGCUUUAAAUUGGCUUCCC